UAGAAGUGUAUUAAUGUUUGGUAAGAGGUAAUUGAUGAACAUUUUAUUUUCUGUCCCCUAGGAUAUCCCUGUGAUCUUGGAAGAGUCUGUAUCAUGGAAUCGAUCUCUAUGAUGGGAAGCCCUAAGAGCCUCAGUGAAACUUUUUUGCCUAAUGGCAUAAAUGGUAUCAAAGAUGCAAGGAAGGUCACUGUAGGUGUAAUUGGAAGUGGGGAUUUUGCCAAAUCCUUGACCAUCCGACUUAUUAGAUGUGGCUAUCAUGUGGUCAUAGGAAGUAGAAAUCCUAAAUUUGCUUCUGAAUUUUUUCCUCAUGUGGUAGAUGUCACUCAUCAUGAAGAUGCACUAACAAAAACGAAUAUAAUAUUUAUUGCUAUACAUCGAGAACAUUACACCUCUCUGUGGGACCUGAGACAUCUUCUUGUGGGUAAAAUCCUGAUUGAUGUGAGCAAUAACAUGAGGAUAAACCAAUACCCAGAAUCCAAUGCUGAAUAUUUGGCUUCCUUAUUCCCAGAUUCGCUGAUUGUCAAAGGAUUUAAUGUUAUCUCAGCUUGGGCACUUCAGUUAGGGCCUAAGGAUGCCAGCAGGCAGGUUUAUAUUUGCAGCAACAAUAUUCAAGCUCGACAACAGGUUAUUGAACUUGCCCGGCAUUUGAAUUUUAAUCCCGUUGACUUGGGAUCAUUAUCAUCAGCCAGGGAAAUUGAAAAUUUACCUUUGCGACUAUUUACUCUCUGGAGAGGGCCAGUGGUGGUAGCCAUAAGCCUGGCCACAUUUUUCUUUCUUUAUUCCUUUGUCCGAGAUGUGAUACAUCCAUAUGCUAGAAACCAGCAGAGUGACUUCUACAAGAUUCCUAUUGAGAUUGUGAAUAAAACCUUGCCUAUAGUUGCCAUUACUUUGCUGUCACUGGUGUACCUAGCAGGUCUCCUAGCAGCUGCUUAUCAACUUUAUUAUGGUACCAAGUAUAGGAGAUUUCCACCCUGGUUGGAGACCUGGUUACAGUGUAGAAAACAGCUUGGAUUACUAAGUUUUUUCUUCGCUUCAGUCCAUGUUGCCUACAGCCUCUGCUUACCAAUGAGAAGGUCAGAAAGGUACUUAUUUCUCAACAUGGCUUAUCAACAGGUACAUGCAAAUAUUGAAAACUCGUGGAAUGAGGAAGAAGUUUGGAGAAUUGAAAUGUAUAUCUCCUUCGGCAUAAUGAGCCUGGGCUUACUCUCCCUCCUGGCAGUCACCUCCAUCCCUUCAGUGAGCAAUGCUUUAAACUGGAGGGAAUUCAGUUUCAUUCAGGUUUUCCAUAGUUUUUCAGAUAUUCAAUCUGAACAGGAACUGGAAGUUUUCUCCCAACGUCUAGUUACGCUAUUUCUUUAAAAGCGGCUUUCCAUCAAAUUCCUCAGCUGCCCUUGCAGUCAGGUAUUCCCGUGUGACUUAGUGUUCAACGGCCAGACGUAGGGGGAAUGGAUGAAUGACUUCCCGGAAUGGAAGUCUCUUCAAAGGAAACCAUGUGUUCUUUAUCUUAUUCUCCCAUCUUGCUGUCAGAAUUGUGGGCGCUUUGGCAUAUCCAAGAGGACCAAGGCCGCACACUACGGAAAGGAUGUUAGAGACUAAAAAGAUCUUGACUACUUCACUACUUGGAAUGUCUUUUCCUAUACUUAAGCCAUUGUAAAUUUGAGUUUCUUUAUAUGAAGUCACAAUCAAUCCAUUCUGGCUUCUGUUUUUUGUCAUGAUACCGUUUUACACUGUUUGAAUGAACUAGAAUGCAAUAAUUCUUACCUUUAAAAGUUUUUAAAGGAUAAUGUGCAGUUCACAUUAGAAUUGAUUUUCCAUUGUAAAUUAAUUAUACUCAUCUUCUUGCCUUGAUCCUUGAUUAGAUAUUUUGUAUAUGCUUAGACAGGUCUUCUUUGUAACUGUGUGAUAGAUAUUUGCUAAGACUCUGUAAUCUCCAAAUUAUCGCUGUCAAAUU